AUGCUCUCAUGCUCUCAUCUCAAGCUCAUCCACCCAUGCGCAUCUUCACUCCUGCUACUCCCUUCCACUGCAACCCCCCAUGCUCUCAUGCUCUCAUCUCAAGCUCAUCCACCCAUGCGCAUCUUCACUCCUGCUACUCCCUUCCACUGCAAACCCCCAUGCUCUCAUGCCCUCAUCUCAAGCUCAUCCACCCAUGCGCAUCUUCACUCCUGCUACUCCCUUCCACUGCAACCCCCCAUGCUCUCAUGCUCUCAUCUCAAGCUCAUCCACCCAUGCGCAUCUUCACUCCUGCUACUCCCUUCCACUGCAACCCCCCAUGCUCUCAUGCUCUCAUCUCAAGCUCAUCCACCCAUGCGCAUCUUGACUCCUGCUACUCCCUUCCACUGCAACCCCCCAUGCUCUCAUGCUCUCAUCUCAAGCUCAUCCACCUAUGCGCAUCUUCACUCCUGCUACUCCCUUCCACUGCAACCCCCCAUGCUCUCAUGCUCUCAUCUCAAGCUCAUCCACCCAUGCGCAUCUUCACUCCUGCUACUCCCUUCCACUGCAACCCCCCAUGCUCUCAUGCUCUCAUCUCAAGCUCAUCUACCCAUGCGCAUCUUCACUCCUGCUACUCCCUUCCACUGCAACCCCCCAUGCUCUCAUGCUCUCAUCUCAAGCUCAUCCACCCAUGCGCAUCUUCACUCCUGCUACUCCCUUCCACUGCAAUCCCCCAUGCUCUCAUGCUCUCAUCUCAAGCUCAUCCACCCAUGCGCAUCUUCACUCCUGCUACUCCCUUCCACUGCAAUCCCCUCCCACUCACAGCGCCGUCACCAUGCCGUCGCCGUCGCACGUGAUGCCCUGCGCCUGCGUGCACUCCACGCCCCGGGCCCACCUCAUCCCACUCUUAUCCCACUCCGCCGCACACUCCUUCAGCGCCGCCACUGCGCACCGCAGGCGACGGGAGGAGGUACUAUGCGAGGAUGGCAGGGGACUCCACCAAGGCGCGAGAUCAGCGCCAGAGCAGCGCGAGCGCAGCGCGAGCGCAGCGCGGGAGCAGCGCGAGAUCAGCGCGAGAUCAGCGCGAGCGCAGCGCGGGAGCAGCGCGAGAUCAGCGCGAGAUCAGCGCGAGCGCAGCGCGGGAGCAGCGCGAGUGCAGCGCGGGAGCAGCGGGAGAGCAGCUCGAGAGCAGCCCGGGAGCAGCGCGGAGCAGCGCGGGAGCAGCUCGAGAGCAGCCCGGGAGCAGCGCGGAGCAGCGCGGAGCAGCGCGGGAGCAGCGCGGGAGCAGCGCGCGGGAGCAGCGCGGAACAGCGCGAGAACAACGCGUGCGCAACGAGAGAGCAGCGCGGGAGCAGCGCAGAGCAACGCGUUCGCAACGAGCAGCGCGAGAGCAGCGCGAGAGCAGCGCGAGCGCAGAGAGGGAGCAGCGCGAGCGCAGCGCGGGAGCAGCGCGGGAGCAGCGCGAGAGCAGCGCGAACGCAGCGCGAUCGCAGCGGGAUCGAGAGCAGUGCGAGAGCGCGGGAGCAGCGCGAGAGCAACGCGUGCGCAACGAGAGAGCAGCCCGAGAGCAGCGCGAAUGAAGAGUUCGUCGUUACAAUGCGGUAA